GGGGGCGGUAUUGUAAUAUUUUAAAGUUGAGGGUCAAGAUCUAAAAUAUCUGCAAUGUCUCAAAAAUUCAGUUGAAUUGUUCCCUGUUCUGUUCGUUUGAAAUCGAGAACGGAGACGAUGAGCAACAGUUCACUGACAUCAUCACCGGCGAGGUCGUCGAUAUCGACGACGGCGAUAGUAGGAUCGAACGCCAUGUCUUCAUCACUAGCCGUCGAUGAGGUUCAUUUUUCAACCGAUCUCAUUACUAUCCAAGAUCGGAAAGAUGAGGCUCUUCGAGCUCUGAAAUCUGAUUUGAUGGCUACACUAAACAAGGAAGUUAGAAUGUUGGAUGAAGAUAGCUGGAUGUUUGAAGGACCUCGCUCUCGUAUUCACCUUAUAUCACGACCAGGGGGUCUUCUAAAUAAGCAUGCAGAAACAAUGAAGCAUAAGUUGGCUACCCAAAAAAGGACUCAGAAUGCUUCAAUCAAGUAGAAAACUUUAGUCUUUGAUGAUAGUUCAUUCAACCUAAAAGGAGCUGAUUGGUUGAUUCAAGAAGAUUGAUUACAGGAACUUUUGGGAUUGUUGGUAGAAUAGAAGUUGCUGAAAGCUUGUUAGGUAUAACCAGAUAUGGUUUUGAACUUGGUAUCAAGAAUGUUACAAAUUUUCUUCUCAACAAUGGAACUUCAUUCAGAUAUUGAAUUUAUGCCUCUUCAUUCCUUGA